AAUAAAGCAAAAAUUAAAAAAUAAAAUAAUGAAUAAAACACUCAUACUUACUUUCGCAGGAGUUGCCUUAUUAACAACUGCCUUUUUCUUUGUCUUAAACCAUAAAAAUACCCCCCACCACACCGUUGAUGAAAAUUUGAUGGCUUUAUGGUAAGGAUUCAAAGCAACAUAUGGUAAAAAAUAUGCUGAUCCUGAUUUCGAAGCUUACAGAAUUAGAGUAUUCGCUUAAAACUUAAAAAGAAUUGAAGGAGAUGAAACCAAGGGAAUCACCUAAUUCAUGGACUUAACUACCGAAGAAUUCAAACAAACGUACUUAACUUUAAAAUUAAAAUCUACUGAAUAACCCAUUACAAUCCAUUCUAAGGAUGAACCUACUUAUGUUGAUUGGGUAUCAAAAGGAAAAGUAACUAAAGUUAAAAACUAAGGAUAAUGUGGUUCUUGCUGGGCUUUUUCUACAACUGGUUCAGUUGAAUCCGCUUUAAUUUUAGCUGGAAAAUAAUCUAAAUCUGUCGAUUUAUCUGAAUAAGAACUUGUAGACUGUUCCACUAAUUACGGAAACGAUGGAUGUGACGGUGGUUUGAUGGACUACGGUUUCUAAUAUAUUAUUGAAAAAGGUUUAGCCUAAGAAAGCGAAUAUCCUUACACUGCUACUGAUGGAUCAUGUUAAGAUACCUCUAAAUUCAAAAAAGUUAACAUAACCAAAUUCGCUGAUGUUCCUAAAGGAAACUGCAAUUCUUUGAAAAAAGCUCUUGCUUAAUAACCUGUUUCUAUUGCUGUUGAUGCUGAAGAAUGGUAAUUCUACACUUCUGGUAUCUUGAAAAAAUGCGGAAAAUAAUUAGAUCAUGGUGUUUUAUUAGUCGGUUUCGUAUAAAAAGGAGAUGAUAAUGCUAAUGCUUGGAAAGUUAAAAACUCUUGGGGUCCAUCUUGGGGUGAAAAAGGUUUCAUCUAUCUUGCUGAUGGAAACACCUGCGGAGUUUGUGACAGUGCUUCAUAUCCUGUUGUUUGAUUUUUUUUUAAAAAUAAAAAACUAAAAAUUAAAUAUUUUUAUUUUAUAUUUUUUAUUAAAUAUAAUUUUUUAUUUCAUUUUCAUUUAUUAUUUCUAAUUUUAAUUAAAUAAAAAUUCUUUU